CCUUUAACGUGAAAAGUCCGUUUCGUGUGAGCUCCUCUUGUGACGUGGGCCCGUGUAAAAGUAGGCUGAAAAAGUGAAAUUUUGUGCUGGAAAAUUCGCCCGGAAACCCAUAGAAAAUCCGUGCUAAACCGUGCUCAAAGCGUAGCCAAAUGGCCCACCAAGCAACGGCCGGAUCAGAUCUGGAUCCGAGUACACCCGACGAGAACCUAUUUAUCAAUCCGUCCGAUGGGCUACCGAAUGAGCACCCAGCUCUGCCAUCGGCGUACGACUCCGAUAAUGAAUCGAACCAGGUUGACGAAGAUUUGCUAGAGGACCUACCCACGUCAAUAAUCGUUACCAACAUUCACUCGGAGGUGUUCACCAGCGAUGAGUUGAAGGCCAGAAUGGAAGAACUUUUCAAGACGUUCUCCGAGAACGCAACCUUCCAAUGGUUGAAAAGCUUUCGACGAUUGCGUGUUAAUUACGAUACUGCCAUCGCGGCGGCAAAUGCCCGCAUUCAGCUCCAUCAGUAUCCUUUCGGCCGGUCCGUCAUCAAUUGCUAUUUGGCACAACCGGUUACCCCGGUGUCUAAUCCGAAUCUCAAGCCACCUGCUCCCGUCAAACAGUAUCUAAUAUCGCCGCCAGCGUCUCCCCCAGCUGGUUGGGAACCUAUUGAAGAAAAUGAACCCUUGGUCAAUCAUGACUUGCUGGCAGCCCUGGCCACCCUAACUCCUGGAGAGAUUCACGAAAUUCACCCGCCCACCGAAGAUCAACCCGGUAUUUUGCUGCAUACGGCACAUAUGGGUGCCGCAGACUCGGUGGAUAAAUCUUCCGGAGGCAGCAGCUUCGAAGAGGACGAUACUGAUGGAAGUGGAGGUGCCCUUCGGAAAGGCAAAAUAGUUCAAACCCGCUGCCCAGAAAGGAAAGAUUCUGCUUAAGCUUUACAAGAGCUGCGUUUUUUUUAUUUCUUAUACCGGUACUAUACAAACAAUAUCAGCGCGUUUAGAUAAAUUGUGAUUUUACGAAACGUUAAGUAAAGAAGUUUUGUUAUAAUGAUAAAUCAGUUCUAAGUAUAUUGCGCGAUUUGGGGUCAAUCGUGCCCGAGAUUCAUGAUUUUAACUUACAUACAUAUGGAUCGAACUAGUUGUACAUAGAAACGAUUUGUAAAUAUAUAUUCAAUAGAAAUGAAAUUUAUGUUUCGUUAUAGUUUUAGUGUUCGUUUCAACGAUCUGAAUUUGCCAUUAACCUUUGUUGAUUACUGAUGGAAAAUGGAAACAUCUGAUACUAAAUCUAUCACCCGUUCAAUGUUGCAAAAGGUCCUAUGAAAUAAACAGUUGUGGAAAAUUUGUCAAGUUCGGAUUAAAGUUGGUUGCGAGAGAAUCAGUUUGAAAUUCUGACUCACCGAAUGAUUUAUCUAGUACAGACAAUUGGCUAGUACUGAUGUCCAUAAUCAGUAUUGUACAGAUCACACAUCUUUCCAACUUUUUUCCCAAGAUUUUUUCAUCCCACAUAUUUAUAACUUUUUGGUUAAGUUGGCACAUUAGCAACAUGCUCCAAUGCCUGGCAUCAAAACGGUAAUCGCUAAUAAAUCUGCUAAGUUUUUGUUACCAAAUUUAUAAUCUAACUUAAUUUAUUCAAUUAACCUUUAAAUUUAUGGAUAAACAAUCUCGACUGAUCAAGUAGAGCGCUGAUUUAUGCUAUUUUCCACUAUCUGGUGAAGUUUGUUAAUCCGUUAGUUCAUCCAAAAUUUAAUAAAAUAAAGUUCCUUUAAAUAUAACAUUUUCUUCUGACCCCGCUCCAAAACAAUUGAGAUUUGAAUGGAUUCUCUCGAUUAACUGAAUUUCCAACCAUAACUGCUUGUCCGUAUAACCUUCGAUAGAGAGCAGCGAAACAAUGAAACUCACCCCAAAAACCAGCUAAUUGAAAUAACAAACUCUUGAAAGUUAAGAUCGAAAAAAUAUAUCUGUACCCACAAAGACACUUACUAGUUACUAUAUAUUUCCAUCUGUUAGGAUCGAUACUAGAAGCGUGAGGUAGAGAAGUACCAAGAAACAGCAGAAGUGAGAUAUACACAUACUCGGUAGUUGUGAUUGAGAGACGAAUCUCGCCGGUUUUUUGAGCUAAGAUUGACUUUGGAUCGUAGAGAUAAACAAAUAGCGUUUCUAUAGAAAGAAGAAAUAACGGUAGAGUAGAUCAAUAAUGAAAUAGUAACAAAAAUUGAAAUGAUUUUGACAAAAUGCUUUAAAAAACGUAGGCUUAUUCCAAAAACAUUAUGAAAUUAAACCCAUUCGUACCGUAUGAGUCCAUUGGAUCCUAUGCUUCAUACUUCAAUUAUUACAAUACAACUGCAAAAUCAUUACGUUUCUUUAAAGGGUUAACCAAUUGUUGGAAUAUCUAAAAUAAUUCCACCAAUAGUAAGGUGAAGUCCAUAUGGUUUAUAUAUUACGGAAUUACAUAUUCAUCAAUACCUAUUUAUAAUAUUGAGUUAAUAGCAAAGCGGAAUAAAGGUCGUGUAAUGCAUUGUGGGCAGCGAAAAGAAACAAAAAGUAAACAAAACAGAUCCAAAUUCCCUAACUACAAGACCAUACGAGUAUGUAUUGAUGUGAAUUCCUUAUGAUUAUCAGCAGAAACGAUCGCGUUUGAGAGCAAAUAGCACGUUACAAAGGAAGAUGCAUAUUUUUAGAGAUUCAAAAAAGUAACAAAUAUCAACGCGAGCAACAUAAAAUGGAAGAACUGAUGAAACGGAAAAAAAAUAAGUCAUUAGAUUAUUGAAUGGUUGAAUAAAAUGUACUUGUCAAUAAAGUUUGAUAUAGAUUUA